AUGUCAAGCUUGUAUAAGUCCGUUCUUACGAAUUCUACAGGCUCAAAGCGCGGAUCCAGCACACCUUUCCGUGGCCGGCCUACAAGGGGGGGACAUCGACCUGAUUCAGCUGCAUCUACUGGGAGCAGUAAUAAUGUACCAAAUCAAGGACAUUCAGUGAACAAUAGAGGAGCCCAUGGUAGAGGAGCCAGCUCGUCACCAUUUGGCACCCCAUCCCACGCGAAUCUCAAGACAGGAGACGUUAACAAUAGAGGCGGGUUUACUGCUUCUCGGGGGCAAGGAAGCCGACAUGCUCCUUCUGGACAGACUCGUGGAGGUCGUGGAGGUGCGCGGGGUUUUGGGGCUGUUGACCGAUCUAGGGAUCCAAGGCGGCGCAAGGAUACAGCUACUACGAGCGUAAAGCACAUGGAUAGUAUUACAGAUUACAAUGGUCGAUAUGAACAGUUGAAACAAGAUCGCGCUGGCCGGCGAGUACAAGCCAUCAAAGCCGGAAUGAUGAUUGACCCAGAUCAGCCAACAACUUUGAACCAGGCAAUUACCCCAACUGGAAACUGUAUGGAGAUGUGCCCCGAGUUUGAACGAGUAGAAAGAAUAGUUCAGAAGAUGGUGGAUAAAUGCGAAAAGCACGUUGAUCCGGAAUCUGGGGUAUCUAGUAAUAUGGAAGGGAGGAUGAUAAAACGAUUUAGACGAUCAGCUGCCGGUAAAGAUGAGCAGCUGCCCUCAGACAUCCGAACUCCUAAAACCUUACUUCAAACAAUCAAUUAUAUGCUUCGACAUGUCACUACCAGUGACGAGACUCUUGGUUUAAUACACAAGUUCGUCUGGGAUAGAACGCGCUCAGUACGAAACGACCUAUCCAUCCAGCAAGUUAGCCAGCGGCAAGAUAUUGACAUUGCCGUCAAGUGCUUCGAGAGAAUUGCACGUUUUCAUAUUCUUUCGCUUCAUCUUCUGUCGAGCCCUACAAACCAAGAACAAUUUGACCAUCAUCAGGAGCGAGAGCAACUGAAUAAUACCCUUCUUUCCCUUCUUUAUUAUUAUGAUGAUAAUAGGGGAAGACUUGAAUUUCCGAACGAGGCCGAGUUCAGAGCAUAUUAUAUCUUAUUUUCUAUUCAUGACCAACGCCCAGACCUUGAAGCCCGAGUUCAGAAAUGGCCUCGUGAACUAAGAGAGUCGCCUCGAGUCCAAGUAGCAAUGGAGAUGUUUGCAGCGGCAGGGAACACCUGGGAAUACCAGGGAACACUGGACGCUAAACGACCUAAUCCGCUUGCACAGGGGCUUUACUCUCGAUUUUUCAGGCUUGUCAAAUCAAAGAGCGUAUCGUAUCUAAUGGCCUGUGUGGCAGAGGUAUACUUUAACCAGGUGCGCCAAACAGCGAUAAGGUCAAUAUGGAAAGCAUACUGUCGGCAACCGGCCUCUCAACAGCAUAAAAAUCAAGAAUGGACUAUUGACGAACUCACCACGGCUUUGGCUUUCGAUAACGAUGACCAGACAAUCGCCUUUUGUGAGGAGCAAGAUCUCCAGUUUGCGACCAAUAGUGAAGGACAGCUUUAUCUGAACUGGGCUAGCCGCCCACUGGAUUCAAUUGCAUUUCAACCAUCAUCCCGUCAGACUUUCUCAUACCGGCUAGUGGAACAAAAACGAUGCGGAAGGUCAUUGGCUGCUGUUAUCCUAGGGAUGAGUGUCUCACAAGCCAUCAGACACAAAAUGAUUGAUACGACUCUUCUUCAAAAUGAGCCGUCCGUUCAAUCGGUGCAGGAAGACGAAGGGGGACUCUUUGUUAGCGAUGAAGACGAUCAACAGCAACCUGCACAACCAGAACAGCGGUCUCCCUUUGAAACAAUUGAUAAACCGACAGCAUCUUCAACCUUUACUAUGCCCUCGUUAGGCGCCCAUGUGUCCCAAUUUGGGCAAAAUUCUCCAUUCAGCUCUCUAUCUAAUUCCCAGCUAUCGCCAGCAGCCUCCCCUUUCUUCCCUAAAAAUCCAAACAUAAAGCCGGUUAGCCAGUUUGGACAACCAAGCCCUGCCCAAACACCAACGCCUUUCUCAUCAUCACCGACGCCGCCAAGUACAAGCGAGGUUUCGUUGGCAGCCCUGUCUAACCCUCCCACGUUUUCGACAUUUCAAUCAACUGGUUUCGGGUUGCCGUCUUUUUCAUCUUCACCCAAUGGCAAUGGGAAUCAAAGUAUCCCUGCUUCUUCAGUAUUUGGCACUGCUUCUGCCGCCCUUACCGGUACGUCCGAAUCAACCGGAACAAAUCAAAGCUCCUCUGGAACCCAACAGUCUCUUUUUGGCACCCCUUCACAACUUGGUGCACCAACCGAGUCCAAACAACCCGAGAUAAAGUUGUCCAAUUCCCCAUUCGGAAAUGCCCAGCAAGCAUCCACACCUUCACAAGACUCAUUUCCUACACCCCAAGAGCUACCCCAGCCAACAGUUCCACCAUCAAAAGGAGAUGCUACUCUCGGCACAACGCCGUCAGAUUCUCCGUUCACCCUAUUCCAGGCAUCCCCACUACCCCUGUCAACUCCGUCUAUUGACUUGACGGAAGAUACAUCGAAUACACAGCCCAUGCCAUCUUCCUCAACGAUGCUUCCUAUUGCAUCAUCUCCCUUCGAACUUGAUGAUUCUGAGCUGAUGGCUCAAGCAACAACUUCAAGCCAAGCUGAGCGGAGUGUCGACUUCCAAACUGGGCCAUCCACGCAAGAACUAAAAGAUGCGGAAGAAAAAGCAAAGAAAGAGAGGGAGGAGGCUGAAGCAAGGGAGGCGGAUGAAGAAGAGAGGCUAAAAAGAGAAGCACUUGAGCUAGAGCAAAAAAUGGAGAGGCAAAAGCGUGAGGAAGCUGAGGCUAGGAAACGAGAACUAGAGAGGCAGGAAGCUGCUGCUCGUGAGGCAGCCCGUGAAGCUCUACGAAAGCAAAAGGAGGACCGAGAAGAAGCCAGGCGUCAAGCAGAAGCGAAAGAACGAGCCCAACGGGAGCUCGAGCGUGAGCUUCGGGCUGGCCAGCGGGAAAUUACACGAAGAGAGGCGGCUGAAAAGAAGGCCUCGCAAAAAGAAGCUGCUAGACGAGUAUCGAUAGAAGCAGACAUUAUGAAACGGAAAGCCGACGACCUCGUGGAGAGACUGGAAAUCCACAAGAGAUCCUCGAAAGCGGCCAGGCUAACUCCAGAAGAUGAGCUGUCGGUUGAAGAGCUUGUGAAGGUGAACAGGCCUAGGCACAAGAGGCCACCGACGUCUAACCCCCAACCUUCGAGGCCCGCCAUCGACGAAGACGAACUUCUCCUCUCCGCCGCCAGGCUAGCUGCACAUACGCUGUCUCAGGGAGCUCGGUUAUGGGAUGAAGCCCCGGACUUUAGCCGGUCGGUUUCUUCGCCGUCAAGCUCGUCCUUUGGGAGGUCGAGUAUCAGAUCUCAGCCCAGUUUUGAUGGUUCUCGCGCAGUCGUCAACGGUUAUGAUGUUGCUCUUGCUCCUUCCUCACCACUUGGCCUGGGCAGGACUCUCUCUCGAACGGAGCAGAGGAUAAGGGCCACGGGGGCUAAAGGCCUGGCAAUUAAACCCAUCAUACCCGCUCACGAAUUGCCACAAAUGAGCAAGGAUAAUGGAAAGGAACCUCAACGCUAA